AUGGAGCUCCUUGGAUCGUUCAAAGUACCUUUCGAACAGAUGUCUAAUAAUGGACAAGUGGUGGACAUCACGCCGAGGGAGGCGGUUCGUCGGGUCGGGGACAAACUCGAUGUCCUCUGCAAAGUCGGCUAUUCCAUCGAUUCUUGUCGAAUGACAGUGGGCAAUACGCCUUAUCGACUGAUACCAAGCCAGCAGGAUGGGGAGGUGGUGUACUUUGGUCAAGGAUUACAGUUCGGCGAAUGUGGGGCCACCAUCAAGAACAUCCGCGAAGAUUGGAACGGCAACAUCACCUGCGUGUUGCCGCCGCAGACGGGCAACAUUGAAGUGCAGGCGUCAAUGCGGCUUGUUGUUGCCAGGUCCCCGGUGGCUCCGCAGCUGAGGUCGUCUCCGCAGCCCGCGUUCAGGGAAGGAGAUGAGUUCCGCGCUCAAUGUGUGGUCGCCGACGGCCGGCCAGCUGCUAGAAUCACCUGGUUCUUAGACGAAGACCAGAUCCUCCGCGGCAUCCACCAACCCAUCGUGACCACGGAGGGCGACCUGCAGACCAUCUCCCAAAACAUCACUCUACCAUUGACCGCUGAUGAGGCAGGGAAAACCUUGGCUUGCAGAGCUGAGCACGAGGCUUUAGACCAGCCUAAGGAAGCUAAGAGACAACUUAUUGUGCAUUACCCGCCCAAACGUCAAGAGUCGGGUAUGAUCACCAUAUUCGGCCUCAAGCUGGGCGCGGAGGGGCGCCUCAACGUCACCGUGCGCGCCUCCCCGGAGCCUGUACCCGAGUGGAGAUACGGAGACGCCACUAUAAUGCCGAGUCAUGAAGUCAAUCCUACCAUGGUGACUGCACUGGAACCUGUGGCUUUGGGCGGCGGUUUCUACAAUCUUACCCUGUUCUUACCACACAUCACUAAAGAAGAUGUGGACCGCAAAUAUUACUUACGUGCUUCGAACGAUCUAGGAGCUGAGGAGUUCACUGUACUUAUAAGCACCAUGGACGAGCCGGCUGGAGUGGAGCUAGAAGCUGGGGCCAUCGUCGGGAUAGUCAUUGCAGUUUUAGCUGCAGUCGCCGCUAUAUCUCUCCUGGUCUUCGCCAAGGCAACAGAUCGCUGGUGCUUCGCCGGUAGCAGAGGUCGGGACCACGCCAAAGCAUCGGGGGAAUCCGACACGGAGAGCGCAGUGGGCGGCGGCAGUCGGUCGCGGCUGGCGGCGCUGAGCGCCCGCGUGCGCGCCGCCCUCCCGCGCGCCAAGGACAAGGUGCAGGCCACGGAGGCGCGCGCGCCCGAUACCGAGGAUAAGCCUCUAUCGGAAGAAAAGAAGAACGUAGUUUACGCCGAGCUUCAACUAGGCGAGCAAACAGCUGAGAAACCCCCUCCACCCUCCACUGAAUACGCGGAGAUCGUCUACACAGACCAACCCAAAGAGACGAAAGAGUAA